AUGUCGCGUGCGGUGGAGUUAAACGCUCUGGGCGAGAACGAGGAGGAUGCUGAAAUUCAUUAUGAAGAUCAAAUUAAUAAAAUUGUUUUGGAGAAACAGGAACUUGAGUGGCAGAAGGGAAAAUAUCAACUUGUUGUAGAAACAAAAGAAAAGGAAAUUGAUGGUCUGAAGGAAAUAUUAAAAACAUUACAGAUUUCAAAAUACACUUUACAGAAGAAACUGAAUGAAAUGGAUCAAAAGCUACAGUUACACUUAAUGGCAAAAGAAGAGCAUCAUAGGAAACUGAAUGAAGUUGAGAAAUGCUAUGCUACUAUCACAUGUCAAUUUGGAAUGAUAAAAGGGGCUCAUGAGAAAUUAGAACAGAAUGUGGUAGAAGCAAUACAACUUAACAAGAAAUUGACAUCAGUGAAUAAAAGACAAGAGUCUGAAAUAAAUAAUCUAAAAGAAGAACUGAAGAAAGUAACUACAGACUUGAUAAGGUCCAAGGUCACAUGUCAGUACAGGGUGGGAGAAGAAAACAUCAAUCUUACAGCAAAGGAAGAGCAGUUACAAGAACUACAACAAAAAAUUAGAAUGGAGUCAGUGAUUAGUAAAAGAGUCAAUGAAGAAAAUGCGCACAUUAGAGAGGAGAAACAAGAAAUUAUGAGAUCUCUACAACAUAUGCAGCAGCUGCUCCAGCGACUGACCCAAACAAAUGUCAGAUUGGAAAGUGAAUUGAAUGCACUGAAGGCAAACUAUAAG